ACAUCAAACAUCAAAUACAAAGUGCAUAUUUCAGAGCAUUUCACGAGAUCUUUAAUGUGUUAUAAAUGAAGAAACACUUUCUUUCUUCUGUUGUUUAACUUCUAUGAUUUUUCUCUCAGCGGUGAACCUGAUCAAUAACCUGCUGCAGGUGGUGGUCAGACGUAGGUUCAGUGUCGGCAAAGCAAUGGGUCAUCCGUGGUUUCAGAACUUCCAGCUGUGGUGUGACCUGCGAGAGUUUGAGCUGCGUAUGGGUUAUCGAUAUCUCACGCACGAGUCCGACGACAGCCACUGGAGAGCCUACGCUCAGGAGAAAAGACUCAGUUUCCCAGAACACCUUGCUGAAGCAGCAGAGCAGCAGACGCCGGCCUCGUAGAUCUGACAUCACUGUGAAUACUGUAUUAUAUGAACAUCAUAUCAGUCUGACUAUGUACAUCUUAUUAUGGUUCUAAAUCAUUUUCAAUAAAUUAAGAAAAGACAAAUAUAGAGUUGUUUUAUAUCACAUUAAACUCACUCAAAC